CAAAGGUGUUCCGGAAACCGGAUGAUGUAGUUAUCACAGAACGGGAAACUGAGUUGUGAUAUCAUGUCAUUGCCAAAUUAUUACAAUGUUCAAGGACACCGGCAUCCAGGCUUUCGACCUUACCAGGUACAACAGCAAUCAUUUAUUCAAACAUGGCCUGAGCAAAACAUUAAAACGGCCUAUGAUUAUAGGGAUGUACAGAAUAUACCAGGGGAAUAUUUUGGUCCUAACCAGUUCGAAAAUACAGACACUGGGAAUAGAAAUGUAAAGGAUGUGGAGCGCGGUCACAGUCCAAAGUGUAAUAACUAUGGUCAGUUACACAGAGGAAAGGGAAAACAUUCACAAAAGAGAACCACUUUAGAAGAUUGUUUCUGUUACAAAAUGCCAUAUUGCGGAUUGCUAAACAGUUACGCUCGAGACACAUGCGGUAAUCAACAUUAUCUAGCAGAUACACAUAUCACAAACCGAGCCGAUACUCCACGACAUGAAUAUUUCGACAAUUUCCCAUCCAGAAACCAAGAUCCCGCAGACAAAAAAGCGCGUGUGGAUACAACAGUUGGAUUUCCCAACAUGCAUUCAAUGUGGCCUUACCGAAUGAUUGGAGAACAUCUUGAGAUGUCCAAAACUAACGCAGGCUCUGGUCAGAUACAGUUAUGGCAGUUUCUACUCGAACUUCUCUCUGAUACCUCCAACUGUUCUUCGAUUAUUUGGGAAGGUCGAGACGGCGAGUUCAAACUUUUAGAUCCAGAUGAAGUCGCAAGGAAAUGGGGUCAGAGAAAGAGCAAACCAAACAUGAAUUAUGACAAGCUAAGCAGAGCUUUGAGAUACUAUUAUGAUAAAAAUAUAAUGACAAAAGUGCACGGUAAAAGGUAUGCCUACAAAUUUGACUUCGCAGGACUCGCGCAAGCCUUACACCAGAAUCUUGAGUCAGCACCAGGGUAUACCUGCAGAAUCAAUACCGAUUUCCUGUUCGAAGCGAGCGCAUCUUCAUUGAACAAAAUAAACGACCAAAUGAUUCAAACGCCAAACGCACCUUUACAAAUCCAUUACAAAAAUCAGAAGAGCAAUCACCUUUAUGCAGUGCAUAGGUAAUUGUCAUUGUGUGACACUUACAGAAUGAAAAUGAAGGCUUAAAUCUGAUUUCCUAUAAAACGGCAAACUCGUACAUUACAUAAACUGAAUUGCUGAUAUUAAACAUUGCCAUGACGUCAAGCCUUUUCCGUGACCCAUGUAUUUUACAUUUUACUUACUAGUUAUUGUCCGGAAAGCAAUUUAAUGAGUGUUUUAUACACUACAUCAGAAAUAUCUUUUUGUAUUUUUUCUUCAAGUUUAGAUUUUAACAAUGAAACAAAAUGGUAUUGAACUAAAGACUGGUCAGUAGAAUGAACCAUGAUCCAGUGAUUUAUAUAAGGAGUUAUGAAAUAACUUUUAUUUGUUUAAAUAGAUUAUUUUCACAC